AAAAACAAGCAAAUAUUUGUUAUUCUCCAGGUACUUAGCUCUUAAUCAAAUCUUGCUCAUCAAAGCAGAUAAUAAUAAUAAGUGUUUUUAAUUUUUACAUAAUAAGAAUAUAUAAGAUUAGUUUGAUAACUUUGUACUAAAAAGAAACCCAUAGAAAGAAGAAACCUUAAGCAUAAUGUCAUUCAAAUUGUGUGCAAAUCUAAACUUCCUAUUUCUGGAAUCCAAUGCCAACUUAUUAGAUCGAAUCGCUGCAGCAGGUAAAGCCGGAUUUCGUGGCAUAGAAAUCGGCUAUCCAAGUGAAGAUAUUUUGGAAAAAGUUGUCCAAUCACAAAAAAUUGUAGGCAUUGAGGUGGCACUUUUAAAUAUUUCUACAAAUGGAGGUGAUAAGUACAGUGCAGGCCCGACAAGCAUACCCGGUGGAGAGGAACAAUUUAAGAGCAAUCUUAGUGAAUCCAUCAACUUGGCCAAGAAAUUAAGAUGUAAAAAAAUUCAUCUUAUGGCAGGGAAGCAAACUGAGAAAUCAGUUGGAGAGCACCAUCAAACGUAUGUCAACAACUUAAAACUUGCAGCUAAAAUGCUUGCACAAGAAAACCUUAUGGGAGUCAUCGAACCCAUCAACAAAUACGCAGUUCCAGGAUACUUUUUGAACACUUACAAUACCGCUAUUGAUGUCUUAAAAGAAGUAAACAGCCCAAACAUUAAACUUAUGAUUGAUAUCUUCCAUCUGCAGCAUAUUUGUGGCAACGUUAGUAAUACAUUCAAGGAAUUACAGCCCUACAUUGGUCACAUUCAAAUUGCACAAGUACCACAUCGUCAUGAACCGGAUGUACCUGGAGAACUCGAUUAUGGUUAUGUUUUUGAAGUAAUCAAAAAUUCAGGAUAUGAUGAUUGGGUUGGUUGUGAAUAUAAACCGAAAGGUAACACUGUCGACGGCUUGGGAUGGGUAUCCAAGUAUGGAUUAAAGUUGUAAAUAAAAAUGUAAAGAUUUUACAUUAGAAAUUUGUUAAUAAACUAUUUUAUACAGUCAA